CUUUGUACAUUACUUGCUCAUAGCCCGCAGUAUCCAACUUUCUGUGGGUCUUUAAAUUGAUCUUCAUUUACUUCUUUCAACCCGCAAGAUCGCUAUUCGCGCCUCAGUAAUCCUUCAACCAGAAUGGAUCCUCGAGACUCUAAAGCAGAGCCACCGCUUGAGCUCGACACAGUCAAGACUAAUGAUUCUGAAAUCGUUGUUGUUAAAGCUGAAGUUGUCCCAACGUACGAUACGAAACAAACCAAAGCGCUUCUCCGCAAGAUCGAUCGUCAUUUGAUCCCGUUCUUGUCGCUUCUCUACCUCCUUUCCUUCCUAGAUCGUACCAACAUCGGCAAUGCAAAGCUUUUUGGCUUGGAGAAGUCGCUUGGGCUUGUAGGCAAUCAAUAUAACACAGCCUUAUGUGUCUUCUUCGUUACAUAUGUCCUUUUCGAAGUACCUUCUAACAUGGUCCUGAAACGCUGGAGACCAUCCAUGUGGUUCCCGAUCAUUAUGCUCGGAUGGGGCAUAAUUAUGACUCUUACCGGCCUCGUCAGAGAUUUCAACGGACUUGUAAUCGCCCGCGUGUUCCUGGGAAUUGCAGAAUCUGGUCUUUUCCCCGGCGUCAACUACUAUAUCACUCUAUGGUAUUGUCGACGGGAGUGUGCAUUCCGUGCAGCAAUCUUCUUCUCCGCGGCCACUGUUGCUGGCGCAUUUGGCGGUCUACUUGCACGCGGGAUCAACGAAAUGGCCGGCGUGGGAGGUAGGCCUGGAUGGGCGUGGAUUUUCAUCCUUGAGGGUCUUCUCACAGUGUUCAUUGCCAUUGCUGCGUUCUGGGUUCUCGCCGACAGCCCCAAGACAGCAAGCUUUCUGAGCGAAGAUGAGGCGAAAGAAGUGCAGGCAAGAUUGGCACAUGACAACGAAGAUCUGGCUGCUCACUACGACACGAAAUUCAUGUGGCACGCCUUUCUAGAUUGGAAAAUUUGGAUGCAAUGCAUCGCUUACCUAGGAAUCCUGGCUCCACUUUAUUCCUUUUCCCUCUUUUUACCCUCCAUCAUUGCUGCCAUGGGUUUCUCCGCAGCCACAUCUCAAUUGCUCACGGUGCCACCAUAUGUCCUAGGCUGUCUCUGCACAGUUUUAGGUGGAUACUACAGCGACAAGCUUGGAAAGCGUGGCAUCUUCCUUUUCGGCUUUUGCAGCCUAGCCAUCAUUGGCUAUAUCCUUCUCAUCGUAACUAAAGUACCGGCUGCUCAAUACAUCGGAACAUUUUUGGCUGCGUGUGGGGUAUACCCGAUGAUUCCAAUCAUGGUGAUGUGGAAUGGCAACAAUAUCGGAGGUAGCGUUAAACGAGGCGUCGGCAUCGCCAUGCAAAUCGGCUUUGGCAAUUGUGGCGGAAUUAUUGCCUCGUUCGUAUACAGGAAUCAAGAUAAGCCUCGCUAUCUUACUGGACACGGCACUAUUCUUGCUUUCCUAGGCUUGGCGUUGAUCUUCAUCGUCAUUCAAAUGGUUUGCCUCACGCGCAUAAACAAGAAGCGCGAAGAGGCGUACGGCUCUCCGGAAGGCUAUACUUCUGAUAUGAAACGUGCUGAGUCGGACCGUGGUAAUGACGCGAGCUUCUUCCGUUACACGAUUUAGAACAGCGGUUGUGGGACACAGUUAGCAUUCUAGCCAGAGGCCCAACUGCUUGGACUUGAUGAAUGGGUUCCAGUAGUCGUGAUUUAACUACCACCAUACCCACUACUCUCGUCUUCUCAGCCAAGCACCCUCGCCUUUCACAAUUAAUAGAAUAAAUGCUUUUAGUGACCGCAGGUG